AAAGCUAUACUGACUCAAAUGGCCCUUGGAUCAGUCCGCGAGGAAUUUCUGCAGGAGCUUCGUUGUCCAUCAUCAGGAAUAAACUUCUGAUGCGUGUCACAAGGAGAAUCAACUUUUAACGCAAGAGCUUUGUCUUCUUCUCCUGAAACGCCGCAUACGUGUCUGCUAUAUAGAUAUGUUUCUGACGGCGGGAUCAAGGACUUUACUGCUAUUUGUGGCAACACAAUUCAUAUUUUUGGUCGUUGUCAAAUGCCAAGAGGAAAAUGACCAGGAUCCAGGUAGCUGCAUACAGGACGGCCAGCCUUAUAGCGACAAGGAAUUGUGGAAACCCGAGCCAUGUCGCAUUUGUGUUUGCGACACUGGCUCGGUUCUGUGUGAGGAGAUCAUCUGCGAGGAGUUGAGAGACUGUCCCAGACCGGAGAUCCUGUUAGGGGAGUGCUGCCCAGUCUGCGCUGCUGACCAGCCCUCUUCCCCUGAUCGGUUGCCAGGUGCGAAGGGACAAAAAGGGGAACCAGGCGACAUAACAGAUGUUGUAGGACCUCGCGGACCGGCUGGGCCGAUGGGCCCGCCGGGAGAACAGGGACCACGUGGAGAGAGAGGAGACAAGGGGGAGAAGGGAAGUCCUGGCCCCCGUGGCAGAGAUGGUGAGCCUGGUACCCCAGGAAACCCUGGACCCCCUGGUCCCCCGGGGCCAAACGGACCCCCUGGCCUUGGUGGAAACUUUGCCUCUCAGAUGGCUGGUGGAUUUGAUGAUAAAGCUGGUGGAGCACAGAUGGGUGUGAUGCAAGGACCAAUGGGUCCAAUGGGCCCACGAGGAUCACCAGGCCCAAGCGGAGCUCCUGGACCACAAGGUUUUCAAGGAAACCCUGGAGAAGCUGGAGAGCCUGGAGGAUCCGGCCCGCUUGGUCCUCGCGGCCCCCCUGGUCCACCAGGAAAACCUGGAGAUGAUGGUGAAGCCGGUAAAGCUGGUAAAGCUGGUGAGCGUGGACCUCCUGGCCCUCAGGGGUCUCGUGGAUUUCCAGGAACUCCAGGUCUACCUGGAAUCAAAGGACACAGAGGUUAUUCAGGUCUUGAUGGAGCUAAAGGAGAGUCUGGAGCAGUUGGAGCUAAAGGUGAGGCGGGGUCUUCUGGAGAGAGUGGAGCUCCUGGACCAAUGGGCCCUCGUGGUCUGCCUGGUGAAAGAGGACGCUCAGGACCUUCUGGAGCUUCUGGUGCUCGUGGAAAUGAUGGUUUGCCUGGUCCUGCUGGUCCUCCGGGUCCUUUGGGUCCUGCUGGAGCUUCGGGGUUCCCUGGAUCCCCUGGUACAAAGGGUGAAGCAGGGCCGACCGGAGCCAGGGGACCUGAGGGAGCACAAGGACCUCGUGGAGAGUCGGGUGUCCCUGGAUCUCCUGGACCUUCUGGAACUUCUGGUAACCCUGGUACUGACGGCAACCCUGGAGCCAAAGGAUCCUCUGGCGCUCAUGGUAUUGCUGGGGCUCCUGGUUUUCCGGGUCCUCGGGGCCCUCCUGGACCUCAGGGAGCGACUGGUCCGCUGGGACCAAAAGGACAAUCUGGCGAUGCAGGCCUUGCAGGGUUUAAGGGUGAAGCUGGUCCUAAAGGAGAGAUCGGUAACGCUGGACCUCAAGGUAGCCUGGGCCCUGCUGGAGAGGAAGGGAAGCGAGGACCCAGAGGAGAUCCUGGUUCUCUGGGACCCAUUGGACCGCCUGGAGAGAGAGGUACUCCUGGUAAUCGUGGUUUUCCUGGGCAAGAUGGUCUUGCUGGUCCAAAGGGCGCUCCAGGCGAGCGUGGAGCUUCGGGGGUGUCAGGACCCAAGGGAGCCAGCGGUGAUCCUGGACGACCUGGGGAACCUGGUCUGCCUGGUGCACGGGGUCUGACCGGGCGUCCGGGUGAUGCCGGCCCACAGGGCAAAGUCGGGCCAUCGGGCGCUCCUGGUGAAGAUGGCCGCCCUGGACCCCCAGGCCCUCAAGGUACUCGAGGUCAGCCUGGUGUGAUGGGAUUCCCUGGACCCAAGGGUGGAAAUGGUGAAGCUGGAAAAUCUGGAGAGAAGGGACUUGCUGGAGCUCCUGGUUUACGUGGUUUGCCUGGUAAAGAUGGUGAGACUGGCGCUGCUGGACCCCCAGGACCAGCUGGUACUGCAGGAGAGAGAGGUGAACAGGGUCAGCCCGGACCCUCUGGAUUCCAGGGCCUGCCUGGACCACCUGGCCCCCCCGGUGAAGGAGGUAAACCUGGUGACCAGGGUGUUCCAGGUGAGGCUGGCUCUGCAGGGGCGACGGGACCUAGAGGUGAGCGAGGGUUCCCAGGGGAGAGAGGAGGUGCUGGGCCACAAGGCCUCCAGGGGCCGCGAGGCCUUCCAGGAACUCCAGGAACUGAUGGACCUAAGGGUGCUGUGGGUACUGCAGGUACUAUCGGUGCUCAGGGUCCUCCGGGAUUGCAGGGAAUGCCUGGAGAGAGAGGAACCUCUGGAAUACCAGGACCAAAGGGUGACAGGGGUGAUAAUGGUGAGAAAGGACCAGAAGGUGCUCCUGGUAAAGACGGUGCAAGAGGUUUAACGGGUCCAAUAGGUCCUACAGGUCCUUCAGGACCCAAUGGUGAAAAGGGGGAAUCUGGACCCGCAGGACCAUCUGGCGCUGCUGGUACUCGAGGUGGUCCUGGUGACAGAGGAGAGACUGGGCCCCCUGGGCCUGUUGGUUUUGCUGGUCCACCUGGUGCAGACGGGCAGCCGGGUGCUAAGGGAGACCAGGGUGAAGGAGGACAGAAGGGUGAUGCUGGUGCUCCAGGUCCUCAAGGACCUUCUGGAGCUCCAGGUCCUCAGGGACCAACUGGUGUUUCUGGACCAAAAGGCGCCCGUGGUGCUCAAGGACCUCCUGGUGCCACAGGUUUUCCUGGAGCUGCAGGCAGAGUUGGACCACCGGGUCCCAAUGGUAACCCUGGUCCCGCCGGUGCUGCAGGUCCUCCUGGGAAAGAUGGGCCUAAGGGUGUGCGUGGUGAUGGCGGAGCUUCAGGCAGACCAGGUGACGCUGGUUUACAUGGGCCAGCCGGAACCCCUGGGGAGAAGGGAGAGCCUGGUGAAGAUGGUCCUCCUGGUCCAGAUGGUCCAUCAGGUCCUCAGGGUCUUGCUGGACAACGGGGUAUUGUUGGACUUCCUGGUCAGCGUGGGGAGAGAGGUUUUCCUGGUCUGCCUGGACCCUCUGGUGAGCCUGGUAAACAAGGAGCCUCUGGAGGGCCUGGAGACCGUGGACCCCCUGGACCCGUAGGAUCACCUGGUCUGACAGGAUCUGCUGGAGAACCCGGUAGAGAGGGUAAUCCUGGAUCUGAUGGGCCUCCUGGUCGUGAUGGUUCUGCAGGAAUCAAGGGUGACAGAGGUGACACUGGUCCAGCUGGUGCAUCUGGAGCUCCCGGUGGUACAGGUGCCCCUGGUCCUGUCGGACCCACCGGUAAACAGGGAGACCGGGGAGAGGCUGGACCGAAAGGACCUUCUGGACCUCUGGGGCCUGCUGGAGCUCGAGGAAUGCCUGGACCUCAAGGGCCACGCGGAGAUAAAGGAGAUUCUGGUGAAUCAGGCGAGAGAGGUCAGAAAGGUCAUCGAGGUUUCACGGGUCUUCAGGGUCUGCCUGGACCACCUGGGCAGCCUGGUGAUCAGGGGGCUUCUGGACCUUCUGGACCUGGUGGUGCAAGAGGAACCCCAGGCCCUGUCGGUCCGGCUGGUAAAGAUGGAUCGAAUGGUUUGCCUGGACCCAUCGGACCCCCUGGACCCCGCGGACGCUCCGGAGAUACUGGGCCAUCCGGUCCCCCUGGAAAUCCUGGACCCCCUGGUCUUCCUGGCCCUCCAGGGCCUGGCAUUGACAUGUCGGCCUUUGCUGGUCUGUCUCAUCUUGAGAAAGCUCCUGAUCCCAUGGGGUACAUGAGGGCAGAUCAGGCUGCAGCAGGUGUUCAUCAGAAUGAUGUAGAGGUGGAUGCGACGCUCAAAAUUCUCAACAACCAGAUGGAGAACAUCCGCAGCCCUGACGGCACUAAAAAGAACCCUGCCCGAACCUGCAGAGACCUGAAACUUUGCCACUCAGACUGGAAGAGCGGCGAGUACUGGAUUGAUCCUAAUCAGGGCUGUACUGUUGAUGCCAUCAAGGUGUUCUGCAACAUGGAGACUGGUGAGUCCUGUGUCUACCCAAAACCCUCCAACAUCCCACGCAAGAACUGGUCGAGCACCAAGAGUACUGAACGCAAACAUGCCUGGUUUGGAGAAGCCAUGAAUGGUGGAUUCCACUUUAGCUAUGGACAUGACAAUCUGGCAACUAACACAGCCAGUAUUCAGAUGACAUUCCUGAGGCUGCUGUCCACUGAGGCAUCGCAGAACAUUACCUACCACUGUAAGAACAGCGUGGCCUACAUGGACGAGGCCACCGGCAACCUGAAGAAGGCGUUACUGCUGCAGGGAUCCAAUGACGUGGAGAUCAGAGCUGAGGGCAACAGCCGCUUCACGUACAGUGUUCUUGAAGACGGCUGCAUGAAACACACAGGGCACUGGAGCAAGACAGUCAUUGAGUACAAGUCACAGAAGACGUCACGUCUACCUAUCGUAGACAUUGCACCGAUGGAUAUUGGAGGAGCAAACCAAGAAUUUGGAGUGGAUGUGGGAGCAGUCUGUUUCUUGUAAAGACAGAUGAAACCAGUAAACAAAAUAUGAGACACUCCAGUGUGAGGAAUUAAGUAGGAGAGGAAUCUUUUUAAAGUGGGACAUCUUUUUGACUAGAUAAAGUGCUUCCGAAGGUGUUUUUUAGGAUAUGCACUGUUAGGCACUAGCAGUACUCAUCUGCGACUGUACAAUUCCUCACCAGCAGACACUCUACCAUUUAAAGCCUCUCAACACGCCCUCAGCCCUCUGGGAACAUCUCAAAAUCCUACAGAAUGGUACAUAAGGGAAUAUGCCAGAGAGAAAGACAGGAAAACUAUACGUGUGUCUUAGUUUUAUUUAUUUAUUCUUAAGGUGCUAUCCCUCUGCACAUUUGGAUCAACCGUUGUACAUCACCAAGUCCAAAAUUACUAUUAGAUUAUCUUUUACCAUCUAUCACUGCAACAUUUUUUUUUUUUUUUUUU